AUUUGGAUUUCUUUGGCAUAUUAGGAAAUUAGACGGGAUCGCUCUGGUAAUCUACAGUACAAACCCUACAUUUCUCGUCGGUUUUUCCGAUCGUCGGGCACUGUCAAUACAACAUGGCCGCCGCCAGAACACUCCUCCGCUCCGCCGCCACAUCAACUCGCAUUGCCUCGGCGACACAAUCCGCCUCCAUUUUCAGAUCUCCUGUGGAGACGAGCACUUCAAUUUCUCCGCACCUCGGUCAAUUCGGGAAUUUAGCUGGAAGAAACUUCUCAACUAAGACGAGGAAAUUUCGAUUUCAGCGCAGAAUCGAUAUGAAGCGAAGCACCUCGGCUACAGGAAUCGUGGAAAGGAUAGAGUACGAUCCUAAUCGAACUUCGCGGAUCGCUCUAGUACGAUGGGAAGGCGGAGCUCUCCAAGGAAAAUCCAAGGCGGCGGAGGAUAUCGCGCUGCCGGCGGAGAGCCUCGAAUCCACUGUUGCCCCACCCACCGGUGCGUUCAACUUCUCCUCCCUGCCGGGGUUGCUGGAUGACAGAAGCUCAGCUUACUCUUCCAAAGGAGGAAAUAAGCAAACUGCCAAGUCUACAUAUGUAAUGGUUGGAGUACCUUCGUCGAAAAGCUUCUUUAGUGAAGGUUCAAGAAGCAGAAUUACUAACGGGAAGGAUGUUAUCGUCUCUGCUUUCUCUACAAAGGCCAAGGGAGAGAAUGCGGAUGGUUUCCCAAGGAUAGCGGUGGCUGGGUCGAGGCCGGCUUACUUCGUUUUGGGAGAGAAAGAGGAAGUAGGAGGGAAGGAUGCGUUCUCUCUUGGGGAGGUACAGAAGUGGAAGAAGGAUAGCGCUCGAUGGAUGCAUAGGAUCAAGCGUAAGGGGGCAGUUUCUUGGUCUAGUUUGAUGGGGCAAGAGAAGUUAGGGACUAAGGGAUCGAAGCCGAGGAAUGGUGGCAAGGCAAAGACUGGGAAGAUCGGUGAUGAUCGUGUUCCUGUCACUUAUAUCAUAGCUAGUCAUCAAUUGGGAGAGGGCAACCUGGUGAUGAAUUGGUCCGGAGCUUCGAGUAGCAGCUCGUCUCAAUAUGCUCAAUAUGUUGCCACUGGGGAACAAUCGUGGAGCGAAAGCAAAGAUUGUGUUGGCUUCAUCGUUCUCUGUUUCUUCUCGUGGGAAUACUGAUAUGCUUGAUCUAGUAUGGAUAUUGGAUCCUGGGUUAAUUCAUCUGGAGAGAGUGGUUACAUAAAUGCAUAGCUAUCUUGCAACAGUUGAGGUGAAUUUAUGGUGUUUCUUUUUUUCUCUGAAUUGUUGUUCAUGAAUUGUCUCUGGAAGUGUUGGUGCAUUAGGUUUAAUAGUCUAAAACUAGUGCUUAAACUUGUAUAAUGUGGCUUCCAUUGAUUAUUAGUAUAUUUUAGUGUCUAAUCAUGUUUAUGAAAUGUGAUUCAGUAUAAACAAUCACAUUUUGUUAACUUGGUUUUCGAUGGAUCAUCCUGGCACGUUGUGUACAUCAAUUUGAUGUGAUGGUGUAUGAUGAUGACA